CUCGACAUCUUCCUCCGCCUGCCCAACCUGCAGGACCUCGUCCGCGCCGCGCUCACCUGCCGCUCCUGGAUCGGCGCCGUCCGCUCCUCCCCGUCCUUCCGCCGCCUCUUCCGCGCCAUCCACCCGUCGCCCCUCCUCGGGAUCUUCCUCAAAGUGGACAACGCCACCGCCCCCUCCUUCGCCCCCCUGCGCCGCUCGGAUCCCGUCGUCACCGCCGCCCUCCUCCACGGCGACUUCUUCCUCACCUCCCUCCCGCUGGACGACGCCUGGACCGUCACGGACUGCCGCGACGGUUACGUCCUCCUGUGGAACAAGUGCUGGGCCGUGGCUGCGGUGAACCCCAUGACCUGGGCUGUCGACGUCAUCUCCUUCCCGGACGACAUGGCGGAUGGGAGUCUCCGCGAUUUCGCCUUCCUUGGUUUCCACCUGCUGACUUCCGAGGAGAACCCCCGGUCGUUCCACGUGGUCUGCCUCUGCGCCGACGUUUCUAGGGUUCGUGCUGCCGUCUUCUCGUCGGAUACAAGGGGUUGGGCCGUCCAUCCCUGGGUGGAGAUCGGCGGUGACAACAGCCUCAAGUACGGUGCAGGCACGCUGGUGGAUGGUUCAGUUUACUGGCCUUUCUAUGGCGAAGGACGCAUUAUCAGGAUCAACACAACCACCAUGGAUGUCUCCUCUCUGGAUCUACCUUCGCAGGUGAAGGUGCAUGGGUACAAUUUCAAGAUUGGGGACACCGAGGACGGCGAGCUUUGCGUUGUGUAUGCACUGGACUCCCUUCUACAUGUUUGGGUCCGUCGAGCGGGCGACGACGAUGGGAUCGACAGAUGGGUGCCGCACAAGACAAUCUCUCUGAUUGAAGAUGGGUGCCGCACCGAGACGUGGCGGGGCAUGUAUACCGGCCUGCAAGUUUUGGAGGUUAGGGCAGGGCGCGUGUACAUGGCCACAAAGUUAAGGCAGGGCGCGUGUACAUCCUGCUGCUCCUGGUUCUUCUCCAUUUCCAUGGAGAUUGAGAGGCUGUUUCAGGGGAGAUAUGAUGGCCACGCAUAUCCGUAUGUUAUGGCCUGGCCUCCUUCUUUGGUUGGUGAUGAUGGCAGCAUUAAUUGGACAGGAUGA